UAAUAAAUUCACUUCAGCCACCUAGUGGUGAUUUAAAGAACCACAUGUGGGUGUUCAUCUUGUCAAAUGCUCCAAUUUUGGGAAGAAAAUAUAGAAAAUGUGAUUAAAAUCCCUCAUUAAUAAAUUAUGUAGCAUGUGAUCCUUCUUUUUGCUCAAUCAGACGGAACGACAGCGGAGAACAAAGUAUUCCGAUUUUUUACGAGUCCUGCAUUCAAAAAACACUCCUUGUCCGUCCAUCUAAGAGGGAUUUUAAAGAGUUUAUUUUGAUCAAUAUCACCAGUUAAACGGGACGAUCUGAAAAGUAACUGAUGGCUCAAGAUGUAAGACAAAGUAGUUGAGUAAAAAAAGUACAAUAUUCGCCUCUGAGAUGUUGUCUAGUAACAAUAAACAGUUGAAUAUAAUGCAAAUACUUCAAUAAAUGUACAUUUCAGGGACUUUUACAUAAACUCCGACAGUCCCUGAAGGCAGCUUCAGGAGUCAGUGAACGCUCCAUCUCUCUCCUGGUGGGAGGGUGUGUGCUUGUUGUGCGCACCGUGUCACACCGCUGCUGUGGGGUCACUGUGGUCUGAUCCGGACUGACGGACACUCAGAGUCUCUGCGCGCUGGGAACCAUCAUGUCCCAGUUGUCCGUCCGAGUCUAACUGGAGACGAACGGACCGCGAAGAUGCUGCUGCUGCUGCUGCUGCUGCUCACCUCACUGGUGUGUCUGAGCCCGGGCGCACUGGGACAACUGGAGGAAUCCCAGUUUGGAGAUGAGAUCGACUUGACAGACUUUGAUUUAGACAUUGCGCCACGCAGAGUCCCACGGCAGGUGAAAACUAUGCUAGCCAAGGAGACUAAACCUCACAUCCAGGAGCUCUCCAUCAAGACCACCAUCAUCUCCCGCUACGCCUUCACGGCGGUGUACUGCGCCAUGCUCAACCGGCACUCCGCCGCCACCGAGGGCGUCUUCCAGUUCCAGAUCCCGGCUGACGCCUACGUCUCCAACUUCACCAUGAUCAUCGGGGGGCGUGUCUACCAGAGCGAGGUCAGGCCCAAGGAAAAGAGGGUCAAACAGGAGAGCGGAAGGAGCAGGAACAAAGCGUCAGGUGAUGCAAGUCCCGAGCCGGAGGUCGAGGUGUUCAAGAUGACGGCCUACAUCCCGGGUCGGAACCGAGCCGUCUUCCUGCUGACCUACGAGGAGCUUCUGCAGCGACGGCUGGGACGCUACGAACACGUGACCAGCCUGCGGCCGAUGCAGCUGGUCAGCCGCCUGAGUCUGGACGUGACCAUCGCCGACCACUCGGCCAUCACCGACCUGCAGGUGCUGCCGCUCCGCAACGGCAGGAGCAGCAGCAGCAGCGGGUCGAAUGCUCCCAAGUCACCAGCCAAGCCUGAGCCGCCCUUCCCCACUGUGGUCAACAAACAAAAGAACGUCUGCAAGAUCACCUUCAGCCCCAACAUCGUCCAGCAGGCUAAGAUCACCACCAGCGGCCUCCUGGGAGACUUUGUGAUCCGCUACGACGUGCAGAGGGACAUGGGGAUAGGAGACAUCCAGGUUUUAAAUGGCCAUUUUGUCCACUAUUUUGCCCCCAAAGACUUGCCUGUUGUACCCAAGAAUGUGGUGUUUGUGAUCGACACCAGCGCCUCCAUGCUGGGGACAAAGAUCAGACAGACUAAAGACGCUCUGUUCACCAUCCUGAGGGAUCUGAGACCCGGCGAUCACUUCAACUUCAUCAGCUUCUCCAACAAGAUCAAAGUCUGGAAGCCUCAUGAACUCGUGCCGGUGACGCCGCUUAAUAUCAGAGACGCCAAGAAGUUUAUUUUCACACUGGCAACCACUGGAGGAACAAAUAUCGACGACGCCAUACAGACUGGCUCCUCGCUGCUUCGCCAUUACCUUAGCGGCCCUGAUGCGAGCCCGAACAGCGUCUCCUUGAUUAUUUUCCUGACGGACGGACGGCCCACGGUCGGGGAGGUACAGUCCACUGCGAUCCUGGGGAACACUCGCUCAGCUGUGGAGGACAAGUUUUGCAUCUUCACCAUCGGGAUUGGGAACGACGUGGAUUACCGGCUGCUGGAGCGCAUGGCUCUGGAAAACUGUGGGAUGAUGAGACGUAUCAACGAGGACGCCGACGCCAGCGCUAUGCUGAAAGGGUUCUACGAUGAAAUAGGAACUCCUCUGCUGUCUGACAUCAGGAUCAACUACACUGAAGACUCGGUCCAGUACGUCACUCAGCAUCUGUUCACCAACUACUUCAAUGGCUCCGAGAUGGUCAUCGCCGGCAAGCUGACCAACAAAAGUGCAGAAUUACUCCACGUCCAGGUUACAGCCAGCAACAACGACAAGAGCAUCAUCAUGGAGACGGAUGUUCCCCUGAAGCACAGACAGAUAGAGACUGAGAGACACGUGAAAGCUGCCACAACAGCGAUCGCGGCUGGAGCUAAGCCUCCAGGGUCAGGGUUUACACAGGAAGUGGGUGCUGCUUUGGGUUCAGUAGCGGAGGACUUUGUGGAACGUCUCUGGGGUUUCCUGAGCGUCAAGGAGGGUCUACGGUCACGACUGCGGAGCCAAACCAGCAGGGAGAGGGAAGGCCACAUCCAGCAGGCCACCAAUCUGUCUCUGGCCUACCACUUCCUCACUCCUCUCACCAACCUGGUGGUGGAGAAGCCCGAGGUCCUGGCUGACGGCACCAUGGCCCCGGCACCCACCGUCAGCCCGGUAGCUGGUGAGGCAGUCUCACCUGCCAAUGAGCUGCCAGGUGACAUAGAAGACGAAAAGCCAAGGAAUCCGAGCAGGAAGCCAGGCGGCCACACUUCCUCUCUGAGAAACACCAUCGGUAAAGCUGAGAGGAGACCGGCCAAGAAAUCCGUCACCAUCUCCAAAACAUCAGCGGACGGUGACCCCCACUUUGUGGUAGAGUUCCCGCUCAGUAAACUAACCGUGUGCUUCAACAUCAACGGUGAGCCCGGACACGUCCUGCGUUUGGUCUCCGACCACAAGUAUUCCGGUGUGACGGUGAAUGGGAAGCUAAUCGGCGCCCCAGCUCCGCCCGGCAGCCACAAACAGCAGCGAACCUACUUCAGCACCAUCACCAUCGUGGUGGAUCGUCCGAAACGCUCCUACAUCGAGGUGACGCCGAAGAAAGUCAUCCUGGACGGGCGGGACAGGAUGGUGCUGCCCUGUCACUCCACGGUCGCGGUGGACAGCGGCGCUCUGUCGGUGUCCAUCGUGGGAAAGUCCAAUGUGACCGUGAUGGUCGGAGGAAACAUCAGCUUCGUGAUCCUGCUGCAUCAGUACAAGAAUCCAGCCCCCUACCAGAGAGACCAUCUGGGCUUCUACAUCGGUCACAGCAAGGGGCUGUCGCACAACUGCCACGGCCUGCUGGGUCAGUUCCUGUAUGAGGAAGUGGGACUGGCACAGCUUCCUGCACAGGGAGACAUGAAACCCUCGUCCGUCCUGAAGGUGAAGGACCGCUCGGUUCCGGUGGUUCAGAAAAGCCGGAGGAUCUACAGCGGGACGCAGAGCGUGGACUGCUGGUUCGCCCGCAACAACGCAGCCAAGCUGAUAGACGGACAGUACGAGGACUAUCUGGCGUCGCACAUGUUCGACACAGGCGACCGGCCACACGGGACUAACAGGAUGUGAGACGACUGUAAAUGUGCCGUUUAUUUGACUUAACUCAUCGUAGUCUGUGUUCAUAUCACGUCCCAACAGAUCCAAAACGUCCACAUUCUAGUUUCUUCCUCCUACAGGCUCUUUUGAAUAUAUUUUUGUACUAUUUCUAAUGAAAAUUAAAUGUUUUUAUUAUAUUGUGUGCAUUAUUUUUUACAGUAAUGUUGUAAAAUGUAAAUAAAAAAAACACUUA